AACGUAAGAUAAGUGAUGAUAUUUAAGCGAUGCUGGGCCCUCGGGUCAGUAUCUCCGCUGCAGUGCUUCAAAGACCUCCGGACCAACAUGUUGACUAGAUCUCUCGCCUUCGCCCUCUUGGCUCUCGCCGCCUCAGUGAGUGGUGACAAGACUGCAGAAGAACCUCUUUCCUUCGCCAGUAUCUUUGAGAACAUCAACACCAAGUUCCAGAAUGCAACUCACGUUGUUGAGGGAAUUCUGGGAGUGGACAUUCCUUCAACCAAACAAGAAGUAGAGACGGCUCUACAAGAAAACCUCAACAACCUGAAGGACAGCGCAGCGAAGAUCCAAGCAAAGCUGGCAGAAUACAACGUAACAGGCAACUCCUUGUCCGGGAUCCUGGCACAAAUCCAAGGCCAGGUCAAUUCCACAGUGGAGGACCUUGCCCAGAGGAACCCUGACGUUGGCAAGCUGCUGGAGCAGGUCAAGACAGGCUACACAAACCUGGCGGAUGUGGGCCAGAAGGUCCAGAAGGUUGUGGAGGAACAGGCGGGAUCUGCCUCUGAGGACCUCAAGGGCCUGGCUCAAAGCGCCCAAACUGAACUGUCCAAGGCAGCCACUCAGUUUGAGAAACGAGUCCAGGAAGUCUUGGCUACAAAGGAUAAGACCUCUGGCAAAGCCUAACUAUAACGCUGUCAACCUUGAAAAUAUAACUAAAAAUUUUUUCCUUGUCUCUUACACUGAAAUUAUUAUAAAUAAAAAUAUCAGAAAACAACACAAUACAUACCUUUAUAAGUUAACUUAAUUGUUUAAACCUCUAUAUCGAAUUAUGAAUAAUAUAACGUAAUUGAAUAAUAUCACACAAAUACAGAGCAAUGUGAAACCAAACGUUGUAGGUUAUACGAAUAAAAAUAUUUACUAUUUUUAA